CCUGGUAACGUUUGACGUCAGACCUCAUUUGCCUCGGCGCUACUCUGGCCGUGUCUUGGACCGGUGUGAUUGGGAGGAAACCCCGUUGACUGAACUCAUUCGGACAGGCUGAGAGAAUCAGCUGCACCUUGGUACGCCGACAUCUGCUAAAAUUCAGUGAGCAGCCAUGAGCGAAUCAUCUCAGAAGGAACUGGUACAAAAGGCCAAGCUGGCCGAGCAGGCUGAGCGCUACGACGACAUGGCUGCCGCCAUGAAAUCGGUGACGGAGGAGGGCGAGGAGCUGACGAACGAGGAGCGCAACCUGCUGUCGGUGGCCUAUAAAAACGUGGUGGGUGCCCGGCGCUCGUCUUGGCGCGUGGUGUCCAGCAUCGAGCAGAAAGCAGAUGCCAGCGAGGGCAGACAAGCCAAGGUCAAAGAGUACCGGGAGAAAAUCGAGGGAGAGCUGAAAGAAAUCUGCAAUGACGUUCUGGGUCUUUUGGACAAGUUCCUCAUCCCCAAAGCAGAGGCAGCAGAGAGCAAAGUAUUUUAUUUGAAAAUGAAAGGAGACUACUUCCGCUACUUGGCUGAGGUGGCGACAGGAGACGAGAAGGACGGCAUCAUCAAAGAUUCACAGAAGGCUUACCAACAGGCCUUCGACAUCAGCAAAGCAGAGAUGCAGCCGACUCACCCGAUACGCCUCGGACUAGCCCUUAAUUUCUCUGUGUUCUUCUACGAGAUCCUCAAUUCCCCCGAAGAGGCUUGCAAGCUGGCCAAGCAGGCCUUCGACGAUGCCAUCGCAGAGCUUGACACACUGAGUGAAGAAUCGUACAAAGACAGUACACUAAUCAUGCAGCUAUUGAGAGACAACUUGACACUUUGGACUUCUGACAACGCAGUCGAGGGAGAGGAAUCAGAGGAGCCCAAAGAAUGAGCCUCACCCUCAGUCAUCCCCGUCUGCCUGACAUCAUCCAAAGUCCUCUUUAUUGUGAUCAGCACUUCGACCACCUCAUCCAUGACAUCCAGUUUGAUCCUUUGUUUCUCUAUCUAGGUCAUCCCUCUCUUUUUGGUUGCUGUUGUUCUGCAGUAAGUGCAGAUACACAGGUAGGGGCUUUAAAGUGUGAUGGGAGGGUUCAUGCAUGUUUUGGGGUUGGGUUGCCUGCUGACCUUUUUCCAGGGUCUAAGCAUUUUUUGGGGUUUUCCAGUCCUGAGACUUGCAACAAGCAGUUUUAAAAGCCACAAAAAAGAAUUACUGUGUCCUAAAUAUAAAAGGUGCUGUUUAUAUGCAGCCACAUCUUUUGAUGAUCAAUUAGUGGUUGCUCAAUACCAACCUGCCUGCUUGUACCUGACUUGGCAGAAGGAGGAAUUACAGCAAAGGCAGACACAAUGAUGACAUAAUGGGGGAGAGCUGGUGAUGAAGGGCCAGAUUUUUACAAAGGUUACAUUCCAUAAACUGUUAUCAAUCUUCUACUGUCUUUUUUUUUCUUUUGUUGGGGGGGCUGCUUUUGUAUGUCUAUGUAUCCAUUACGAGGUAUAGAAAAUUAAAAGAACAAGAGCACAAGCUUGUACUGUUGCUGUUUUUGUAUGAGCACCUCAGUAAGUAUAAAAAAAAUCCCACUUUUUAUAUAAUUAAAAGUUUUUGAAAAUAAGUUUCUUUUUUUUUGCAGUUCUUGCAUAAAGUUGGUCAAAGGGUAGUCUGGAGAAGUAAACGGUUGUUGUUGGCGGGUUAGCUUUGUCUCUUUGGAGUUUUCAUACUAAACACUUGAGCGUAACUGUCAUUUGGGGGUAAUGCAUAAUUUCAUUUAAGUAAAAUAAACGAUUUAAAAUGUU